AUGAAAGGUAAUACAAAAAUUCCACUCUUAAAAAAAAUCAACCCUCCUGUAUUAACAAAGAAAAGCAUAAUAGCUAGUAAAAAUAUUAAUACUAAAAAUGAUCAAAAUAACCUGAACCGUUCAGAAUAUUCUGAAGAGGCAAGAAAUAAUGAUAACACAAUUUGUGAAAGUGUAUAUGAAAAUGCAUAUUCUCCUGACAGUGAAACAUUUGAUUUUGUUAAUGAAAACUUUAAUGAUGAUUCAAAUCAGGAUAUGUUUCCUUACGAAUCAUAUAUGAAUAAAGAAAAAAAUUAUAAAAAUAAGCAAAUGAUGAUAGAUGAUGAAUUAAUAUUUCAGAAUGAAAUGUUAAGGAAUGUAUUUAAGAGUUCUCAAAAAAUUAAAGAAAUGCAAAGGGAAUUAUUUAAUGUUGAUACAAAAAAUUUUAUUCCAGUAGUAUAUCCUUCAGAAAAUAAUAGGGGUGCUUAUUCUAUACCUCGAGAUUAUUCAAAAAAAAUUGAUACAGUAGAAACGAUUGAUAUGUUUGAUAUUGAUGAUAAAGCAUAUGGUGGAGUGAAAAGUAUGGGAUGUCCAAAUGAUAAUAAUAGUUCGUAUUUACAAAAUAAUGAAAAAAAUAAUAAUUUAUAUGAUACAUAUGAAGGUAAGAUAAGUAUAAAAAGGGAUAAAACACAACAAUAUAAUACAAAAAGUAAUAAAAAUAAAGAAUCAAUUUUAAAAUCUAAAUUGGAUUCACAUGUAUCAAAAAUAGGAGAAAUAAAAGUAAAUAUUGAUGAUAUAAAAACAGGACUGUUAUCAUAUUAUUCAAAUGUAUUUUCAUUAGAUGAAUAUGAUAUAGGGGAUAGGAUAAAUAUUUUAAGAUACGGUGAAAAAAGAAAAAAUACAUCUGAUUUGAAUAAUGUAAAAUAUUCUUAUGAGAUAAAUGAUAUACCUAUAAAACCAUCAUAUUUAUAUAACAACAGUAAAUUACAUAAUUCUUUUUAUACAUCAAAUGAACAAAAAUAUAUACCCAAUGAUUAUUACUAUAAUGACAUAGAGAGUUAUGAUCAAUUAAAAGGUAGCAAAUCAGUAGAUACUUAUAAUAAUCAAAAUAUUAAAAACUCUUUAUAUGAAAAUAUGAGUAAAUCUGUAAACAAAUAUGAUCAUUAUGGACAAAUAGCAGAACUGUUAACUAGCUUAAAGAAUAAAUGUGAUGAUGCUAAUUUUAAAGUUCAAGAUUUGUCUUCGAGAUUUUGUAAGUAUGAAAACCCUGACAACCGUUUUUGGGUUCACAAUCUAGUACCGGAGCAUUUAAGAAAACCAGCCUUAUAUAAAGAUGAUGACCUCAGAAAGCAUUUAGUUAUUACGUACUCUCAGUUAUUCAAUGAAGCUAUGUUAAAUAAAAAAAAAAUAGAAGCCUUAGAAAAAAAACUACAUAUAUUAAAAUUAAGAGUAAAAUGUUUUAAAAAUGGAUAUAAAAUGGAAACAAGAAAUGCCCUAUGA